AUGCGCGCUUCUACGCUCCUUUCUCACCUCCUCGUCACGCUCCUGUUCGCUUCCACGACCGCCCGUCCCAUACAUCCAUUUCAUCCGUUCCUCUCGAAGCAGAAGCUCAAGGCCCGACAAUUCGAGGAAGAGCUAGCGGCAGCUGCCGAAGACAGUGUCGAGCUGUUUGAUGCGCCGCGCGUGCACGAUUCGACGGAACAGGUCCACCAACGAACGGAACAGCACAACGUCACCACCUCCAGCAUCUUGGCCGCCAUACGAGAGAAGGAAGAAGCGGUUACUCUUCAGAGGACGCACAGGCUUCCACUAGCAAGCUCGGGAGAGGGAGAGUUUAGCUACUAUCGCGAGAGUCAAGGCGUCGGCAUGUACAGUCAGCAGAAUGGCAGGGGCAGUGACAGAAUAGCCGGCUAUUUGGUCGAUGGCCGUCAGAGUGGGUUUGGACGGUACCGUGUGGGUGACGCUGCAAACCAGUGA